AUGAGUGCUAUAAUUGAAUAUGAUGAAAUUUUCAAAAUCAUUUAAUUCGGAAACUUAGGAGUAAGUAAAUCUAAUCUAUUAUUACGAUUUGCUGAUUAUAUUUUCUUGAUAAUCAUAUACCAUAAAUAGGUGUGGAUUUCUAACAUCAAGGAGAUAUUGUAUUGGUUGUAUGAUAAGAAUAUUUAAAUGAUAUAAUAAAGCUCACAAAAUAAGUAAAUGAUUAUAUGUUUAAAAGAUUAAUAGGAAACAAAAAUGAUUUAGGGGAGAAAAGAGAAAUAAUAAAUAAUAAGGAAAGCGAUUAGCAAAUUUAUUAAACAUUUAUUUUAUUGGUAUUAGAAAUGAUUAUGAAAGAAACCUCAACCAAUUAUGGAAAACAAUAUAGAGUAAGCCUUUAAACAAUAUCACAUCAAAUUUAGUAGCAAAAAUUAUAUUAUAAAAAAUUUGAUACUUAAAAAGAACUUGAAUAAUAAUAAAAGAAUAUGUGAAUAUCUAAUAUUUUUGGUAUAUAAAUAAUAUAAUAUAGAAUAAAUAUUUAAAUGCAAAAGUUCAUAUCUUCACAUAUCUACAAGCGUUUGAUUUGUUACAUAACUUUCAUUUACAAUUCAAAUAAAUUUUUCUUUGA